UUGCUUGCACUUUCAACUCGAAGAGGUUUAGAGAUCCUCUGUGCCUGUAUUAAGUAAUUAAUCUCUCUCUCCCAUUAGCUGCCACUAUCAUCAUCUUCCUCAUUUCUUAUAUCUGUCCCCGAGGAUCGAUCAAGACCACUAUUGAAAAUGAGUAUGUACGGGAGGGAUCCGUGGGGUGGCCCACUGGAGAUUAACGCUACGGACUCCGCCAACGACGACGAUCGGAGCCGGAAUGUGCAAGAUAUCGAUAGAGCGGCUGUGUCUCGACCGUUGGAUGAGACGCAGCAAAGCUGGCUUCUGGGACCGACUGAGCAGAAGAAGAAGAAGUAUGUGGAUCUCGGUUGCAUUAUCGUUAGCCGUAAGAUCUUUGUUUGGACGGUCGGUACGCUUCUGGUAUCUGGCCUCUUAGCUGGCUUCAUCACCCUCAUCGUCAAGACCAUUCCAGGCCACGGCCACAAGCAUGGUCCUCCUGAUAACUACACUCUAGCCCUCCACAAGGCCCUCAUGUUCUUCAAUGCUCAGAAAUCGGGAAAACUGCCCAAGCAUAAUAAUGUAUCAUGGAGAGGUAACUCAUGUCUACAAGAUGGCAAUGCUGAAUCAUCAACUAUUAAGGAUCUGGUGGGUGGCUAUUAUGAUGCUGGAGAUGCAAUCAAGUUCAAUUUUCCUGCAUCUUUUGCCAUGACCAUGUUGAGCUGGAGUGUAAUUGAAUAUAAAGCAAAGUAUGAAGCCGCCAGCGAACUCGACCAUAUAAAGGAGAUAAUCAAAUGGGGGACAGAUUACAUACUCAAAACCUUCAAUAAUUCUGCUGAUUCCAUAACCACACUUGCUGCACAAGUUGGGUUAGGGGAUACUUCGGGUGGGAGUACGACUCCGAAUGACCAUUACUGCUGGAUGCGCCCAGAGGACAUUGACUAUGAUCGACCAGUAACAGAAUGUAGCAGUUGUUCAGAUCUUGCAGCAGAAAUGGCUGCUGCUUUAGCAUCUGCCUCCAUUGUUUUCAAAGACAAAAAAGCUUAUUCUCAGAAACUUGUUCAUGGUGCCACCACGCUCUUUAAGUUUGCCAGGGAACAAAGAGGCCGAUACAGCGCUGGUAGUUCAGAAGCUGCAAUAUUCUACAAUUCCUCUAGUUACUGGGAUGAGUUUGUCUGGGGAGGGGCUUGGAUGUAUUUUGCAACUGGAAACUCGUCUUAUCUCAAACUUGCUACUGCUCCUGGCCUGGCCAAGCAUGCUGGUGCCUUCUGGGGAGGCUCUGAUUAUGGUGUUCUGAGCUGGGAUAACAAGCUUGCUGGCGCUCAGGUUCUUCUGAGUCGUUUGAGGCUCUUCUUGAGUCCCGGGUAUCCGUAUGAGGAGAUCUUAAGGACGUUUCACAACCAGACCAGCAUUGUAAUGUGCUCGUACCUGCCAGUUUUCACAAGCUUCAACAGAACUAAAGGGGGCUUGAUUCAGUUAAACCAUGGUAAUCCACAGCCUCUUCAAUAUGUUGUUAACGCAGCCUUUUUGGCUGCCCUUUAUAGUGAUUAUCUUGAUGCUGCCGACACUCCUGGAUGGUAUUGUGGACCCAAUUUCUUUUCAACUGAUGUUCUUCGGGACUUUGCCAAGACCCAGAUUGACUACAUCCUUGGUAAGAAUCCUCGAAAAAUGAGCUAUAUUGUAGGUUUUGGAGAUCGCUACCCAAAACAUGUCCACCAUAGAGGCGCAUCCAUUCCAAAGAAUAAGGUUAGAUAUAGCUGCACAGGAGGAUGGAAAUGGAGGGACACUUCAAAGCCAAACCCUAAUACACUUGUUGGAGCUAUGGUUGCUGGCCCUGACAAGCAUGAUGGUUUCCAUGAUGUUCGUACUAACUAUAACUACACAGAGCCAACACUUGCAGGAAACGCCGGCUUAGUAGCUGCUCUUGUGGCACUGUCAGGUGACAAAAGAACUGGAAUAGACAAGAACACCAUUUUCUCAGCUGUCCCUCCAAUGUUUCCUUCACCACCGCCGCCUCCAGCACCAUGGAAACCCUGAGAUGUCAUUUAUGAUUAUCUUCUUUCCAAUGAGUAUCUAGAAUGAUGACUUAUGUGGAAUUGAUGAUUUUUCAGUUAUCCAUCAACUGCAAGAUCUAAUCUUAGUAACUUUGAAGGUGUGGAUGGAUAUGGACUUCAACAAAAGGAAUUAGACUUGGCUUGUCUUGUUGGCUAAGCCAAUUGUCAGCUCAAGAUAGCACUGAACAACCUCAUUAGUGGUACUUGAGAGUGUGUUUAAAAUUUUGGAUGUACUCAAUGUGCAUGUAUGUAUGUAUUCGUUAUACACAACUGUUGAAUAUUGUUCCACAGUUUUGUCAAAUAUUUACAGUCACUUUAACUCUGUCCUCGUAAUAAAUAACUUCCUUCUCUUCUGAA